GAAAAAUGACGUUCUGCUGGGUUCGAUCGAUCUGGCAUGACGAAGAAAAAACAAUUCUCAUCGAGCGAGAAACGGAUGCCUCAACACCGGAACCAAACCACCAAACCAAACCAAACCCAGCCCAACACGUUACAUCACAUCGCAUCGCAUCGCAUCGCAUCGCAUCCCCAAGGAGUCUUUUCAUCCUACCGCACCAACCACAUUCCAAUCGACGGGAACUUCUGCACCGAGUCCAUUUUCCAAUCCAAACCAAUACGUUCCAAUACGAUCCAAUACGAUCCAAUCCAAUUCGGCACAGCGAUGGCACCGGGAAGCAACGAACGCAGCGGCGAAACGGGACAGCAGCACCAGCAGCAGGCACCGCCGCUUCCGCCUCCGAGGCCCGCCCCCAGCGACGGCCCCGCCCUGUCCUUCGAGGCCGAUCCCAUGGUGUCCGACAUUCCCCUGUGCAAGGACGGGGACUACGCCGGCCUGGUCCUCGUGACGAACUGGCCUCCCUCUCCCCUGGAGGGCGUGGGCCGCGAGUACUCGGAGUUUCUGGCGGCCGUCCGGUCCUGCUUCGAUCCCUGCGACACCUCCGUACAAAUGGCACCAGGGGAGGCUCCCACAASGGUCCCGGCGGUGUACUUUCAGCCGAUUUCGGCGCUGCACGUCACGAUCGCGACCUUUUCCCGGAUCCACAAGAUCGACGACGRCGGAGACGACMRGGGGGAGAAAAGGCAGCGGCGGGACCGCGAGCGCAAGCGGGCCCUGGCGCUGGUGGAGGCGGCCGCAAGGCUCCCGGGGUGGCCCAAAAAACCCUUCCGCCUCGUCGUCGAGUCGGCACAGAUCGGGAAAAAGGCCGGGAUCCUCCUGUGGAGGGACCUCUCGGGGGGGAUCGAGGCGGCCCGGGCCUGCCUGAGGGAAGCCGCCGCCGCCGCCGAACAAGGAGCAGCCCCGGCAAACGGAAACGCAAACGCAAACACAAACAAAAAUUCAAACUCAAACACAACCACAAAGGCCUACCCCACCAUCCCCGGGAUCGUCCACUCGACCGUCCUGCGCUUCUCGAGGGUCCCGGCCACGCCCGGCGAAACCGUCCAGGAGCGCUUCCGGUCGKGGGUCCUGCAAAGGCUCGGGACCGACCUGUUCCCGGCCGGCUCGGGCAUCGCCGCGGACACCGUCCGGCUGGCCGACGAGACCACCCCGUACAUGCACUUUGCCCCCGACGAGGACCACGUGCUGUGGAGCUGCGGGCUGGGCGGUGGAAGCGGAAGCGGCGGUGCGGAGUAAGGAACUCAAGCCACGAACGAACGAACGGCACCGCCGUACCGCCACACAGUCAUCCGAUCAAUACAGCGGCUGGGCACUGAUCACUCAUUUCUCUGAAAAACGAAAGUAAUCCGGUUUUUGAAUUAAUUUUUUCAAAAAAAAAACUGGAAAAUUACAUCGCGCUCGUUUAUUUUGUUACGUACCAUCAGUAGAUAGUUCAGUAGAUUGUUUACGUAGAUAUGGAUCCUACCUACCGUACAUACCGUUGCUACAGUAUCUCGAGGUUUGGGAUCUGGGAUCACUCAUUUUGUUGUUGUUCAGUUUUUCAUCGUCACCAACACAAAAACACACAACGUGAGAGUUUGUCUAGACGCAAACACAAACAGUGAUGGAACACGAACAGCGGAGUACAACCGGCAGCGUUUCGAGCUAGCCAAAACCCACCACUCGAUCCGCGAUCACGCAUAGGAUGGAUCCAGCAAACAAAGACGGCGGCAACAGCGACGACAACAACGACGAAGACGAUGGUUUGCUGGACGAGUUUUUCUCCCAGAUCGAACGCCUSUCGAUCACCGGCGAUGGCGGCGGCGAAAACAAAAACGAAAACGAAUCCGACCCGCAACACUGCGCGGCCGCUGCUUCCGAUGGGGGUUGUCCCUUCGCACACGAUGCGUUCAAAGGGAUAAAUCGCUCGCGGCCGGAAACCAAACCGCGAGCAAGGCAGCUCCGAGAGUCCGUGAUCGACCGAGCCGAAGAACGCAAGGGGGUUUGGAAGGCCUUUUCCAUUCCCGAUGCAAAGCAAGCGACGACGACGACGACCGCAACAAACUCGAACGGAAGACCCCUUGUGUCCUUUUCAAUCGGCACGAAACAGUCCAAGCAAAAGAAAAAGAAAAAGAACAAACCCGCGAAAGGGUCGAAACCCGCGGCGGACGGCGAUGGUUGCGACGAAACUUCCAGAGGACCCCUUCCGCGGGGGUUCCUUCCGGACCGCCCGGUCCUUCCCCUUCGGUGGAUCGUCGUCCUCGACACCUGCGCCCUCCUCGAAUCCUACGGCGCCGUGUGCGACCUGCUCGACCUGGCGAGGGAAGCGGAAGCGGUUCGAGCGCAAGGGGGUCCGUGUUGCCCCCCCGCGGGAGGCUCCCGGCGCGAGGCCCUUUCCCUGGUGGUCCCCUACACGGUGUGGGGCGAACUGGACCACCGCUCGAAGGUUUCUUCCGGGAAAAGCGUCGACAACGAACGCGACAACGAACGCGAAAGCGACGGCGACAACGAACGCGAAAGCGACAGCGAGCACAAGAGGUUCCAGGCGCGGAGGGCGGUCCGGAUGCUGGCGGAAGAGCUGGGCCACCGCUCGCUUCCGCACCAGCCGCMRCUGUCCCUUCCAAGSGGAGCCGYWGCMRGCAAGAGUGCCGGGGGGGUGCUCCGCACCCAGAGCCGKGCGGAGAGCCACCGGGCGGUCGGGGAAUUCUUGUUCGGGGGAUCGGUCACGAACGACGACCGGAUCCUGGCCUGCGCCCUCGGGGAACAGAAGCGCNGGUGGUGAAGCACCGGUGGGAGGGGUCGUCCUCGCCACCUCGGACAAGGUCCUCUCGGGCAAGUCGCGGGCCGACGGGGUCGUGGCCCUCGCGCCGGAGGAAUUCGCCGGGUACUACCGCCGGCGGAUGGCCUCGCUGCGGUCGAGGACCCACCGCRGAAACGCGAGCGC